AUGAAAGCAUCGCAACAUGGAUGCCGUCUGACUCUGUUCAUCUUAUUCAGCAUCCUUCAACUGAACAGAGCGGCGUCCAGCUGGAACCCACUUGAUCUAUUCCGGGGGAGCCGAGCCUGGUCGAGCGCUGGAGAAGCCUCAUCCGCCGAGAUCGCCCUACCUCGCCAGAAGAUCAUGGCCAAGAGCAACGUGAAUUGGAUCAAACUGCCGGAUUCAGAACUCUCGCUACUGUCGAUCCGGUAUCGCAAAGAAGACGAAGCAUGGACGGUCACGAAUGAGACUGGCUUCCCUAUCACCUUCUCAAUGCGCAAGUUUGAUGUGGAAGAAAUGCUUGCAAAGCAUCCGCGUGUGGACUACGACGACGAGAUGGAAACGGUGGAGGACACUCAUGGCAAGGUGGGGGCGAAGGAGGAAGUGGAAGGGGAGGAGGGAGUGGAGGGACAGAAGAAAGUUUAUCGACAACUUACCGUCCAACCAAAAGAAGUAUUAGUUGAACAUUUGCCCAAAAAUGUCGACGCUCUGUUAGUGAAUAUCGAAUCCUGGGACCGUAGUGCUGUUAAGAAAUAA